CAAUUUUUUAAUGGCCUUACAACAUUUCCUUUGACUUAUCCUUCUCACAUUCCUCUUUUGGUUACUGGAGCAGCACUCAUAGCCAUGAAGGAAGGAAAUGACACAUGGACAGCAGAUUUCCUUCUCUCGGGACUCUUCCCCAGUAUGAAGUACACCAGUGUCCUCAUCUACACGAUCCUCCUGAUCUACCUCGCUGCCGUCACUGGGAACUCUGCCCUGCUCCUCCUGAUAUGGAUGGAUGUGAAGCUCCACAUUCCGAUGUACUUUCUGCUCAGCCAGCUUUCUCUUGUGGACUUGGCCCUUAUCAGCAGCACUGUUCCCAAAAUGAUGACAAACUUUUUCUCUGGAAGAAAGAACAUCACACGUCUCGCCUGUGGAACCCAGAUAUUUUUCUUCUUUACUCUUGGGGGUGCUGAGUGCAUCCUCUUGACCUUCAUGGCCUAUGACCGAUAUGUAGCUGUCUGUAACCCCUUGAGAUACACAGUCAUCAUGAACCAUGCAGUCUGCCUGCAAAUGGCUGCAGUUUCCUGGAUUGGGGGCAUUUUGGUUUCCACAGUCCACACAUUUUAUACUAUGAAUCUACCCAUCUGUGGCUCCAGAGAAAUCCGACAUUUUUUCUGCGAGAUGCCAGCAAUCAUGAAGAUUUCAUGCAAAGACACAUCCACUUAUGAGCUGGUGGUGUUUGGGAUGGGAAUUGUGUUUCUGUUCAUCCCUUUUGGACUCAUCACGGCUUCCUACACCUUCAUCUUCCUUGCUGUCCUUCAUAUGAAAUCCUCCAAAGGCAGGAACAAAGCCUUGACCACCUGCUCCUCCCAUCUUAUGGUGGUAAGUCUUUACCUGGGGCCAUGUAUGUAUAUGUACAUGACACCUGGUUCCUCCCACAGCCCAGAGCAGGAGCAGGCUGUGUCUGUGUUCUGCACUGUCCUCACACCCAUGCUAAACCCGCUCAUCUACAGCCUGAGAAACAAGGAUGUGGUGGGGGCCUUUCAGAAAGUCCUGGUGAGGCAUUUGGUUAUCAAACAGAACACAUAG